AUGGGAUCGGCACUUCCUUGUGUCCUGGGCUUGGUAAUCAUGACCAACUUGGUCUUCGAACUUGGAUUAUACGCAGCGCCAACUGGUUGCAGAGGUUGCCGAGGGAAUUGCAGUAGCAGUUAUACAAUAAGCAACAAUCUUACUAGUAAUUACUCAGUAAAUGAGACUGAAAUGGGGAUGAGCGAUGACAACGAGACGCUGUAAGUUAGUUUUUAUAAACAUUUUACUUUGCUUGAUGGUAAUUAUUUUAGUAUUCAGUUGAUCGACCAAGAUACCAACAGCAGACAUAAAAGAGCGUCUACUGUGGAGAAGAAGCCCUGUGAUGGCCACAGAUUCCAAUUGGAGUUGAUCCUCAUUCCAAUGUCCAUAUUUAUGAUCCCAGUUGCACUUGGCUGCGUUUUGUUUUGCGUCUGUUUUUGUGGACCGAAAGAAACUCGAGGUAAGUAUUUUAAUCAACAGGAGAAUGCUUGAGGUGCGAGCUCAGAUUGGGAUGGAAAUCUUCAAAAAUGACAGAAAUUGGGUGAAUAUAAAUUUUCGCGUCCCGACAUUUCGGGUCAGGGACAACUCGGGUAAACGACACCUCGGGUCAACGACAUUUCGGGUCAACGAUACCGUUUAAUAUUUUCGCUUCGGGACUGGGAAAAAAGAAUUUUUUGGGGAAUUUGAAAAAUUUUUAAAAUGUUUUCGCUUCGGGACUGAGAAAAAAGAAUUUUUUGGAGAAUUUGAACAAAAUUUUGAAAUGUUUUCGCGUUGCGACUUGGAAAAAGGAUUUCUUGGAGAAUUGAGGUUUAUUUUUUUAAUUUUUUUACUGAUACGAUUUUCUUAUGUGUUCGUCGCUUAUACACUAUUUUCCUAAAAAAAUAAAAAAAAUAAACCUCAAUUCUCCAAAAAAUCCUUUUUCCAAGUCCCAACGCGAAAACAUUUCAAAAUUUUGUUCAAAUUCUCCAAAAAAUAAAAUAUUAAACGAUAUCGUUGACCCGAAAUGUCGUUGACCCGAAAUGUCAUAGCGCCUAAAUUUUUUAAUUUUUAGCUUUCGAUUUUCAAAAAAUUUUAUGCACAGGGAACUCGGAUUUACUUACAUCUAAGUAAUUUUUUACUCAUAUUUACCAAUAGCAACCGGAGAAAGUUUUAUCAAAACCUAAGGACUUUUCAUUAUUUUGUUCCAAAACUCUCAAUUUUUUGCAGGAAAACUCCCAGAAAAAAUGUGGGGAAUAAAGUUGGCCUCACAAAACCAGAAAAGAAAAAGACAUGACACAGAAGAUGAACUUGACUACGGAGAUGGUUAUGUCCAACGAAAAGACAGCAAGAAAACUCGAUUUGCCACAAAUGUUUUGGUCAUCGAAAGACGAAGAGAGAGUGCGAUUACAGUAGGAUCUAGUUCCCCAAAACCUCUGCCAGCGAUGCCGGACGACAAAAAGAUCACCAGAUUCAACCAGAAGGUAGAUGUCAUUGAGGAAGAUACGAUUCAAACCACCCGACUUUGA